CAGAUAGCAGAGAUAAGGAUACACAUACAACACAGAAGAAGAAAAUGCUUUUGUGAAUUUCGUUUGGAUCCUUAUCGAUACAUCCACCAAGUCAAGACGCGUUUAGUGACUUUCUAAAGACUUCGUAAAGAAAAGAAUUCCAUCCGACAUGGGUACCUCCAUGUUCGGACUAAUAGUGGGCGUGGCCACCGUCACACUGUGCUCUGCUUUGAAUUCCUAUAUCGUCACCAUGCCUGAAACUAUCCGCCCAAACCUGGAUACCAGGGUUUAUGUUCACAUCCUGAAGUCGGACGGCCCAGUCGACGUCACGGUAACACUACAAAGGAGCGACCAAAACAAUGUGACAGUAGCUCAGACCUCAAAACAAAUCUUACCGACAAGUGAUCCUAAUAAAAAUGGCGUAUCUACCUUAAUUGAUGUCCGGGUACCCAGCCAUCUGACAGAGGGAAAGUAUGGCAUGAAGGUUGAGGGAACUGGUGGUCUUACAUUCGCUAAUUGGACCGAACUUAAAUUUGACAAGAAGAGUUCCUCCAUUUUGGUCCAGACCGACAGAGCAAUGUACAAACCUGGACAAACAGUGCGCUUUCGAAUAUUUGGGAUGCUACCAGACUUGACAGUGUUAGACAAGCCUAUUGAUGUGUCGAUCGUUGAUCCCAAUAGGAACAAGAUACAGCAAUGGAAGGGUUUAUCUGACCCUAGUGGCGUCAUCACAGAUUCCAUGGUGAUGUCAGAUCAUCCUGUAUUGGGUGACUGGGUGAUCAAGGUCAACCAAGGGGCUGAAAGCAGGGAAAAGACGUUUACUGUAGCGGAAUAUGUGUUACCAAAGUUUGAGGUGAAAGUCAUCCUUCCGCCAUUUGGAGUGACAACUGACAACACUAUAACAGUGAAAAUAUCUGCAAUGUAUACAUUCGGAAAACCGGUGAGCGGUUCCGGUGUAUUCAGGAUAAAAAGGAAAUAUGCAAGUUGGUGGUUACAGAGAAAUAAGGAUUACGUAGAAGGCAUUGAUCAUCAUUUCAAAAUAAAUGGGGACUACGAGACGAAGAUAGCCCUGAGUGAGAUCCGAAAGAUUGACUCUAGUCUGGCAUGGACAGACUUUAUAGUGCAGGCUAAUGUUACCGAAGGUAUAACAGGCUUACGUAUGAACGACAGUGAGGAAAUUAUGUUCUACAACAGUCCGGACAAAAUCAAGUUCGCAGAUUCCAUCCCUAGUACCUUCAAACCAGGCCUCAAGUACACUGCCAUUUUGAGGGUAACACAGAAAGAUGACAGUCCUAUCCCCAAUACUUUGACACGUGUUAAUGUGUCUGUCAGCUACCAAUUUAAGCUUCCGCCAGUAACCACCACUCCAACCCCAUCCACGACGACAACUUCAACUCUACCGCCAUCAUCACCUCCUAUUGAUAUCGAUAUAAAUGCCACAGAGACGUUGAAUCUUACCCGCCUCCCCGAGCCAGAAUUAAUGGAUGUGUGGCCACCAUUUGAACGCCACAUCUACCCGCGUUACGAAACAGUCAACGACGAGCUCCGUUCUUUCGACGUCCCUGCAGAUGGACUUAUCGACUUUGAUAUUUUGGUACCCGACAACGCUACGUCCGUCAGUAUCGUCGCCGAGUACAAGAAGGAAAAGGACUAUAAAGACCUAAGUUUAAGUGAAUCGCCGUCAAAGAGCUAUGUGCAAGUCAGCCUCCUUACUGACAAGCUGAAGCCAGGGACUGAUGCGAUAUUUGAAGUAAAAUCUACCCAGAGUGUCCCAGAGGUCCGAUACCAGAUAAUAUCUAAAGGUAUGGUAUUGGACGCUGGUACUUUCGAUAUGCGACACCAAACUCAGGGUGAAUUCCCUCUGAUGAUUACUCCUGACAUGGCACCAAAAACGAGAAUGAUUGUACAAUACGUCAGAGAGGACGGAGAAAUUGUAGCUGACGGAAUCACUUUUAAAGUUGAUGGUGUCUUUAAAAAUCCCGUUGCUAUCAAUUUCGAUAGAAAAUCCGCAAAACCAGGAGAAUCCGUUCGUGUUGACCUGGAAGCCUCGCCGAAUUCUCAAGUCAAUGUACUAGCUGUGGAUAAAAGCGUCCUUCUAUUAAAAACCGGAAAUGACAUCACAGAGGAUGAGGUAACAACUGAACUGCAGUCCUAUGAUAACGCCGGGGGAGGCGUGUUCCCUAUGUUCUGGAUGUGGAGAUGGCCUGUCUCCAGUGGAGGGCAGGAUGCAGCUGAUGUCUUUGAUAACAACGGCAUCACAGUCCUAACUGAUGCUCUACUCUACAAGAAACCCGAUGAAUGGGACGUAGCGUACGAUACCAUGCCAAUGAUGGCCUUCGGAGCUAUGGCAGUGAUGGACUCGCCUGUAGAUAUGGAUGUACGUGGAGCAACUAUGGAGAAGGCCAAUAUCAAGCCGGAAGAAUCAAAACUGGCAAAACCGGCGCGUGUUCGCAAGAAGUUUCCAGAAACAUGGCUUUGGGAAAACGUUCAAUUGGGGAACACCGGACAGACAGAACUAACAGUGACUGUUCCUGAUACCAUCACGUCCUGGGUGGCAACUGCUUUUGCCGUUAAUAAGGAUACUGGUCUUGGACUGUCUCCGAGUCCAUCAAACCUGGAAGUAUUUAUGCCGUUUUUUAUUCGAAUGAAUCUUCCCUAUUCGGUUGUUAGAGGAGAGUUACUCGUUUUACAAGUCGAUGUGUUUAACUAUCGGAGACCAGCAUGGACCCUCGUCGUCAUGGAAAAUAACCCGGAUAUAAACAAUGUAAUUUCUACCCAGUUUGGAUGGACAGAUUACUCUACCAGGGUGGGCAGGUGGAUGUGGGUUGAAAGUGGAAAGAUCGCAUCUGCAUUCUUUCCGAUUAUACCAAGGAAAGUUGGAGAACUCAAGAUAAAAAUCAACGCCUUUGGACUGAAAUUCUCUGAUUCCGUGGAGAGGAAGUUGCGUGUAGAGCCUGAAGGAACACCAGAGGAGUUCAACAAUCCUGUACUUAUUGACCUCUCCUCAGCAACCACUUUAACGACAAGGGUCCCCAUCGACUUCCCACCCAAUUCCGUCGACGGUUCCAGGCGCGUGCGGGCUGCAGUGAUUGGUGACAUCAUGGGACCGUCGAUCAGUGGUCUUGACAAGCUUCUGAAGAUGCCUUACGGAUGUGGUGAACAGAACAUGUUGAACUUUGCCCCCAACAUCUUCAUCCGACGUUAUCUUACUAUCACCGAUAAACUGACGCCGGCCAUUGACGCUAAGUCAAAGCAGUACAUGAUUAAAGGUUACCAGAGGGAAAUGACAUAUCAGCACAAAGACGGGUCAUUUAGUGCUUUUGGUGAAAGUGACAAAUCCGGAACUACUUGGCUGACAGCCUUUGUUGUGAAAUCGUUCGCCGAGGCGUUUGACAUGAUUACGAUAGAUAACAGAACCGUUGUGAGGGCUGUACAAUGGUUGGUCAAACAACAGAAUCCCAACGGAACAUUCAAUGAACCUGGUAAAAUCCUCCACAAGGCUAUGCAGGGUGGAUCUGCGUCAGGCGAAUCCUCACUCACGGCCUUUGUACUUAUAGCGAUGACGGAAGCCGGCGUUAUCCCGGGGGUAAACGAGACGACAGCGAAGGCUAGAUCUCUUGCUCUUCGUUUCCUGGAGGACGAGGUGGAAACCAUGACUUUGUCUCCUUUAGAUGUGGAUGUUUACGAGUUGGCUAUCAUAGGGUACGCGCUGUCCCUGUCCGGCAGUACCAAGGUGGAGAAAGCCAUGGUUCCUAUAGUCACAAACGCCGUUAACGAGGAUGGAACAAUGCACUGGACACGACCUGAAGAAGAACCACAAGUUGAGUAUCCAAGAUGGCGCCCAUCACACAUCCAGUCUAAAGGAAUAGAUAUCGAGUUAACGUCCUAUAUCAUGAUGAUAUACACCAGGAGACCUGAUACGGACAACGCAUUACUAAUAUUAAAAUGGCUGUCGGCUCAAAGGAAUCCGGAUGGAGGAUUUUCGUCGACACAGGACACCAUUAUAGCUCUACAGUCACUGGCUGACCUGGCGGCCUUGAUAUACAAACCGGACUUCAACAUGAGAAUUCAAUUAACAAAUGCCGAAAAUCAAGACUUGUUGCACGAAUUCCAAGUCUCACCUGCAAACGCUCUCACCUUUCAAACUACUGACAUUCCAGAAAAUGUACGACUAGUGGAAAUAGCGGCUGAAGGAGUAGGGAUGGCUGUGGUCGAGGUCGCCACCUACUUCAAUGUUAUGGAUGAUUUGAAAGCGAAGUCGUUCGAUGUAAACGUGACGCUGAAGGAGGAGAGUAUGACGGGUUUCCUGGUAGAAGUCUGUGGACGGUGGAUGAAGAAGGGUGCAAGUGGUAUGUCUAUAAUAGAGAUCGGCUACCCCAGUGGUAUGGAACCAGACACCGACACACUGAAUACUGUCAGAGCACCAGAAUACAAACGAUUAGAGACGGCCGCUAGAGGGCUUGUUCUUUACUUUGACGAGUUUAAUUCGGAGGCUCAGUGUGUUAGUAUUUACAUGAUGCGUGUCGACAUGGUGGCUGAGCAGAAGCCUGCACCGAUCAGGAUAUACGAUUAUUAUGAUACAAGUAAACAAUCGACGACAUUCUAUUCGUCUGAAGUGUUGGCUAACUCCGGCGUCUGUGAUGUCUGUAAAGACUGCUUCUGUAAACGUCAGAACACGCCGUAAACCAGAUACCUAAUGACAGUUUGUGGACGAUGAUGUAGUGACCCGAUCCGGAACAGACGACGUGGAAAAAAAAAACAGUUUGCGACACAAAGUACCAUUAUUGUUUUUGUACUUGACGCUGUAAUAUCUUAUCAUCUAUCCCUCAGUUUUAUUUCUUUGUAAGGACAUUUUCAAUGUACAUGGCGUCAGUGUACAGCUUCAAAUGCCAUUUGAAUGACCCCUGUCAAUACACAUAGUGUCAGUGUACAGCCUCAAAUGUCAUUUGAAUGACCCCUGUCAAUACACAUAGAGUCAGUGUACAGCCUCAAAUGUCAUUUGAAUGACCCCUGUCAAUACACAUAGUGUCAGUGUACAGCCUCAAAUGUCAUUUGAAUGACCCCUGUCAAUAUAAACGGCUUAGUGUACAUCUCCCAUUAACAUGUCAUUGACCAUUGUAGUUGGUUUGUAAAUACAUUUUGUAAGCAGUUUUGUCUAUGGCAAGCAUUCCUCCUAUUAAUACACGCGUUUUAUAUUAACGAUAAAAGAUAACUGAUGUUAAAUUGAAUCUUAGAGAUAAGGAUACAAAUGUAGUUUCCGUUAAGAUAAUGCUAAUCUAGUGAAGACAUUGUACAUAUAUGUUAAUUAGAAGUAGAUGAUUAUUCAUAUGACAAUACGUUUUGUACAAUAUUAACUGUUGUCAGCGCCCACACUCACGAUAAGUUAUCAUUUUCAUUUUUCUGAUCAGAUACAUCUACUUAAUUUACCUAUAGUCAUCAUGUACUAGGUCACAUUUUAAUACUGUUUUAUUAUAUGUUUGUAUAUUGAUAAGACUCACAGUUGAUAAUAAAUUUGUGUUUUAUCAAUUAA